AUGGUCGGUACCAAUGGCGUUGCAACGCGUGCAAAGAGAAAGUCACAUCCAACGGUACCGGAAAGACCUCAAAAGCAACUUCGAGCUUUGAACGGAAAAGAGUCAACAGGUGUUAAUACCCCAGAACUCGACCUGAUUUCAGACGAUGAUUACGAUCUCGAUGGACCUCAGUUAGUACCCGGCUUAGCAGCAGAUACGGCGGAAUGGCAGGCCGCAAUCGAGCAGGUGGUUCGAAAUGUCGUGUCGAUCCGAUUCUGUCAGACAUGCUCCUUUGAUACGGAUCCUGCGUUGACCAGCGAAGCUACUGGGUUUGUGGUAGAUGCAGAGAGAGGAUACAUUUUGACCAAUCGACAUGUUGUCGGAUCAGGACCUUUCUGGGGAUAUUGUGUCUUCGACAAUCACGAAGAAGUUGAUGCCUACCCAGUUUACCGCGAUCCCGUUCACGAUUUUGGUAUAUUACGAUUCGACCCUAAAGCUAUUAAAUACAUGCCUGUUACCGCUCUGGGCUUACGACCGGAUCUCGCCAAGGUAGGGUCGGAGAUCAGAGUUGUUGGUAAUGAUGCCGGAGAGAAACUUAGUAUUUUAUCUGGAGUCAUCAGCAGACUGGACAGAAAUGCCCCGGAAUACGGAGAUGGAUACUGCGACUUCAAUACCAACUAUAUACAAGCAGCUGCAGCGGCAAGUGGCGGUAGUUCAGGAAGUCCCGUUGUCAAUAUUGAUGGAUAUGCCGUCGCUCUACAAGCAGGUGGCAGAAGUGAUGGCGCUGCCACCGAUUAUUUCUUACCUCUCGAUCGACCUUUAAGAGCUCUUCAAUGCAUACAACAGGGAAAACCAAUCACCCGUGGAACAAUUCAAUGCCAGUGGCUGAUCAAGCCUUUUGAUGAAUGUCGGAGGCUUGGAUUAACACCGGACUGGGAGGAUGUUGUACGAACAGGAUUCCCUAAAGAGACCGGUAUGCUCGUUGCAGAAAUUGUUCUUCCAGAAGGGCCAUCACACAAAUUGAUUGAAGAGGGAGAUCUUUUACUAAAGGUCAACGGUGAACUACUGACACAGUUCAUCCGCUUGGAUGAUAUCUUAGACUCCAGUGUUGGCCAGACGGUAAGCUUCCUUAUCCAGCGCGGUGGAGAGGAUAUUGAGGUUGCGGUUGAUGUUGGCGAUCUUCAUUCAAUUACUCCGGAUCGUUUUGUCUCGGUCGCAGGAGGUAGCUUCCACGAUUUGUCGUAUCAACAAGCGCGUCUAUAUGGUGUUGCUUGCAAAGGUGUUUUCAUGUGUGAAGCCAGUGGAUCUUUCCGAUUCGAAGGCACUGAUAAUGGCUGGAUCAUUCAGACCAUCGAUCAUAAAAAGACACCUGAUCUUGAAAGCUUCAUUGAAGUCAUGAAGAGAAUUCCGGACCGAGAAAGAGUUGUAGUAACAUACAAACAUCUUCGAGAUCUCCACACUCUUAAUACCGGCAUCCUCCAGGUUGACCGCCAUUGGUCAAGCAAGAUGCGAUUGGCUGUCAGAAAUGACAUUAGCGGUCUCUGGGAUUUCACAGAUUUGGCUGACGCUCUUCCACCUACACCCCCUGUAGCUAGGUCUGCAAAGUUCAUACAACUCGAGAAUUCGCAGCAUCCAGCAGCAGCGGAUAUCGUUCGGAGCUUCGUUCGGGUGCUAUGUCACAUGCCUGUCAAACUAGACGGUUAUCCUCGGAACCGCAAGUGGGAGCUCAACAUACUUUGUUCAUUUUAUACGAAUAUGCGACUUGUCGCUGCUAAAACUACCAUUACUGAAAUCACUGCCGUUGCUAUUCCUGCAAAGGCUGCGUCACCAAGAUAUCGGGCCAUCAACAUCGAUGCUAUCACUGUUGACACAAGCCUAAGUGGUCAAUGUGGAAGUGGUGUGCUCAUUGGCGAAGAUGGCAUCGUCCAAGCUUUGUGGUUGACUUAUUUGGGAGAAAGAUCUCAAUCCAGCUCAAAAGAUGUCGAAUACUAUCUUGGCCUUGCCACUCCUACCCUUUUACCCGUCAUCAAAAAAAUACAAAAUGACGAAAAGCCUAAGCUGCGCAUGUUGAGCGUCGAGUUCAACACCAUCCAAAUGGCUCAAGCUCGUGUCAUGGGUGUAUCUGAAGAGUGGAUUCACAAAGUUGCUGAAGAUAAUUUAUCUCGCCAUCAACUUUUCAUGGUCCGAAAGCGCACUUUUGAGCGAAACAGCGAGUCAGGUGCUCUUCUUGAAGGAGAUAUUAUCCUUUCUCUUAAUGGUAAAAUCAUUACUCGUGUAAAUGAACUUGAUGUUAUGUACGAUCAUGAGGUUCUUGAUGCAGUCAUUGUCCGCGAUUGCAAGGAAAUGAGCAUUAAGCUUGAUACUGUUUCAGCAGAUGAUCUCGAGACCGACCGAGCUAUUUCUUUCUGUGGUGCUAUUCUACAUCGCCCUCAUCAUGCUAGGAUCGCCAUCAUACCAAUACAACCUUGCACCCACCAACUUUGUGACACAUGUCAAUGGGAAACCAACACCGGAUUUAGAAUCGUUCUUGAAGGUGAUUUCCGCAUCAAAGUAGUAACCUUUGAUAAUGUUCCAUGGGUCAUCACAAUGAAGAAGAACGACCACUACUUUCCAACAACAGAGUGGAUUAAAGAUCCCACUGAAAAAAGUGGUUGGAAACGAAUUACCUACGAAAUGGGCAAUGCCGUGGAGGGUGAAGGUAAAGAAGGCAUUCGUAGUGUAAUUGGAGAUGAUGUCGGAGAUUUUGGUGAUGCGGGAGGGGCUGAUGAGCCUAUGUCUUUUAGGUCAUUGUUCUGA